AUGGUUUUCAGGUGGAACAGAGAGGAGGAUCAGUCAUCGCCAAAAGAGUGCAAAGAGGAGAGUAUAGAGAUUGACGGCCAUUUAGCUGCCAAUGAGAGGGGUGACGAGACAUUUCACCACGCCCCGCCGUAUGGCGAAGAGACCUUGUUACAGGGCAUUACCGACUCGCCCACACCUAUUUGGUCAGCAGUUGACGACUGGUCACAGAGGUUGGAGAUCUUGCCGUAUUGCGAAGGAUUGGAUUGCUGCGACCGUGUCAGUAUCGUAAAAUCGGAUCCAGCAUGGAGAUCAGGUGCUACAACAUUACAAGGCUUGUGGCCAGAGAUGGAGAAGAACAUCUGGAAUUCCCCAGAGGUGAAUGUAAACCGUUAUCAACGCUGACUCCACCAGCUGUCCAAGAGUAGGGCAG